GAUCACGCGUUCGCCGAGUCAAGUGAAAUCCGGGAACACUUCAUUUUCGCCCCUCACUUUAUGUGUACCGUACGUAACGGUUUUUGUUGCGAUGGACGACGAUCCCUCGUUGGCACCUUGUGUUUUUGCAACAUCUGCUGCGUGUUCGGUGCCUCGUUCCCAAAACCCUCCUCGUGUCACACAACACAACACAAUUCAAGACAAAACAAAACAAAACAACACAAAACAACACAGGACAACACAAUUCAAGACGACACAAGACAACACAAGAAUACACAAUUCAAGACAACACACUGCAACAAACACAACCCUUUUCCUUCAACAUGCCUCUUUCCGCGAGAUCGAAACCAAAACCAAUGCCACCGAAACCACGGGGCCCCGCCUUGUUUGCACUCAAGCACUACAGCAAUUCGAUCGCCGUGGGCCGCAGGCGUCGCUCCCAGAGCGAGGGCGAGAGCGGCCGUGUGUGGCCCGGCACGGACCCGGCCCUCCGGGAGCGCCCGCACAGGGUCGUGUCGUGCCGCUUCGAGAUGGAGGUCCCCACCAACGCCCUGCGCAUGAACGUCACCCUCUCGGUCGUGGCCGCGAGGGACCGGCGGAGGAACGGGUGUGGCGGCGGCGCCCCUGGCAGCAGCGAGAGCGUCUUUUGCCCGAGCGUCUCGUACAAGAUCACCGUCUGUACGCCGAGGCGGGAGAGCCACCACGGUGGUAUCGGCAGCUGCAGCAGCAGCAGCAACCCCCAGAGGAGCUACGAGCCACAGCACCAACGCCCGGAGCCGCACGGGCCGGUCGUUCGCAAGAACGCGGACGGGUCCAUCACCCACACCACCACCACGUCGACGCUAAGAUGGACCUCCAACUUUGUCGUUUCSGACAACGACGAACAAGGGGAUCCCUGCCACGAGUGGACCGGGAGUUUCGUCUUUGACGACACACCGGUCGAUGUGUCCGCCUGUUCCUUCCACCAGCUCGAGGGAACCUUUCGGGGGAGGAACUGCUCCGUCGGCGUCCGCUGCAGCAACAACACCACCACGAACAUUACUAGCAACAACACCACCAUCAACACCGACGGCUUUGGCAAGAACGACCAGGGACGGCAACGGGCAACGCCCGACAAGCGGACGAUCGAACACGGACACACACACACGCCGGCGAGGAAGCGGAGGCGCCUUCUUUCGCAGUGUCGGAACCACCAUUUUGCGGGACACAGCACGAUUGCCAGCACGAAUCGAUAACGCAACGCCUAGUGCGAUGUUAUUUUCUAGAAACAAGCCCACGUUUGGCAUUUGAACUUUCUACGACUACCUUGUGAAACUUGUAGUUCUUACUGUAGCGUAGAUGCACCACGGCAGCAACGUACGGAAAGGCAAGCAGCGGGCCAUCGUCGCAUCGGCAACGGCCCAUACACGCCAAAGGGCCGAACCGGUGGGGUAGGAUUGGAACCGCACCGUCUCGGGUGGUGUCCGUUGGGUUUCGCAUCGCGUGGUGGGACCAGAUGUUUUUGAAAUGUGUGGUUGUCGUAGAUCAACAACAUUGUGGUUUUUAUCACGAUACUAGAACGCGAAGGCUACCAAAACACUAAAAUUGGUACAUAUGU